AUGGUCGUUGUACAGUUCCACAUAACUGUGCAUGCCGCCGCACGUUUCUCUUUCCGUGCGGCGGCACGCGGAGAUUCGCGAAAGAAAAUCACGCGUCCCCUUAAUAGUGGCCAUGUACCUUAUCUCUUAUCUGGUCCCAACUAUUUCCCCACCGCACACUAUCUGGUCUACAGGAGAGCGACCCCCUCGAGCAGCGCCGGUCGUUGGGCUGAUGUGGAGGCGUCCGCUGGGCCGCCGCUGAAGUGCAGAGGAGGAGGCGCCAGUCGUUCGGCUGCCGCGGAGGCCGCGGAGGCACCCGUUGCCCAGCAGCUUCAGGGAGGCCGCAGCGGAGCAUGCGUCGGGAAGGCCGCCGCCGGCGAGCAAGCAUCAGGGGAGGCCGCCGCAGUGGAGCACGCGUCGAGGGAGCCCGCCUCCGGUGAGCAAGCGUCGGGGGAGGCCGCCGCAGUGGAGCACGCGUCGUGGGAGCCCGCCUCCGUUGAGCAUGCGUCGGGGGAGGCCGUCGUCUCGCCGAGCACGAGUCGGGGGACGCUCGGGGAGGCUACCGCCGGCGAGCAUGCGUCGCGGGAGGGAGAUCAUCGCCGACGAGCACACCGAGACAUGCGUGCGAGACUUUCGCCAACGAGCGCAGAUAUAUGUGUGCGAGGAAGAGGUGUCCAUUGCCUAUCGCUAUCUGGGUGCACACAACUCCGAACUCGUCAGCUACCGGCGCUGCGGAGCAAGGACGAGCGCGCAAUUAGGCUACAUGUCAAGUUUAAGCGUAUCCAUCCCUAUUUUCCAAUGCGCGUACAAGAUACAGUUCAACCAAUGGUGAUAGGUUAAAUCGCUCAAAUCAACGAGGUGACAUCAGUCAACCGGGAACUAACUGGUCACACCCAUUUCACAUUCCUGGUUUCUUUCGGGUAAUUGUUCGUAAGAAACGACAUUUCAGGUACUUUUUGCGUGCACAGAAUAAUCACAGUGGCACGCGUAUA